AUGAUUACACGAAAGAAGCAGUCGGUAUACAACGUGCAGUUUGCGACGAAAGACCAAUAUGUCGGGUCUUGUUCGGCUCAAGACAUAACGCGCUUUACGAGAAGAUUCAUCGACUCCAUAAUCACCACAGCGAUAAGGAUUACCACUCUCAUGGAACAGCAAUCCCAUCAUGAUAAAUCUGUCCCGACAAAUUCGCUCAUCUACCCCUAUAUAAAGUGGCCCACAUGUGGCAAUAUCAAUGUGCGAAACGCCAAGCAAUGUGUGAAAAAAGAAAUGGCCAGAUGGAACAAACUACCGGUGAACACAAUUUUCAGCAAUUUACAGGCUUUGAAGAGUUGGAUGUUCCACGUAGAGUUCAUCGGCCUCCGUAGAGAAGGGACUGUCGAAUUUUACACAUAUCAAGUUCUCUGGAGCAUACCCACACCAGCAUACCCGGAGCCAUAUGUGACCGUCAGCGUGUUCUUCCACAUCGCGGCGAGUCGCGUGCAGCCGCCGCACUUUCCAGUCGACGUCUCGUAUGUGUUCGAAGGGCACCAGUUUGCUCAUCGCUUGGACAUGGUAUUUAGACCGAAGUGGCUGUACGAUGUUCUCGAUAUGAAGACCAUGUUGUUCAAAACAUUCACGUUUUGAGAUGUACUUAUGUACGCGACUCUUCAGUACGUUGCAAAUUAAUCUGUCUUCUUUAACUAGACAUAUAUCUAAAGUUGUAAACAGGGAACAGAUCACAAAGUCUCAAGUCACACGGGUAUUAAAAUGAUUUUUGUCGUCGGAACUAAGUGUGAAUCUCUCUGUGAGUCUGGAGGACCUAAAGCUAGAAGCACCCCCUGAGAGACGGGGCAUCGCAGUUCUGAUUUUUUCAUGCACAUGUCGCGUCGCGGAACGGGUGCAGCUUUUCUACAGAGACUUUUGAGCGCCUGCAUCGUGCAGAAUGUCGUAAAAGUAAGAGUGUCGGGUUUCCGCGAACCGGGCACGCGCCGGCCGCAAUCUGGUCCGGCACCGGACGCCGGUUCACUCCGCUCGCUUAAACAAUAGGAGCAGGUGAUACCCCCAUAAGAGAAUAUGCACCAUACCGCCGUGCCGUUCUCAAUCGCACGUUUACGACAUUCGCAUUACACCGUUAACACCGCCCGUUGAAAUUUAGCAUUUUUUUGUGUUCACAGAAGUAUGAAUUUUUCUCAACGUAUAUUUCAUCUCCCUCUUUCACUCUCUGUCUCGCUC